AUGUCAACCCUGACCCGGACUGCCGCCAUGAGCCGCCUGAAUUUGCUCGGUGCCGUUACAGCUCAGGGGAAUCACGAAAGGACAAUCACCGCCUCACGCGACGUGUCCGUCACUGCCUCAAGCUGCGAAAUGUAUCAUGGCUACAAGCUACGGAAGCUGCUCUGGCAGAACGCGGAAUUCUUUUUCACCAAGAUUCUCGAGAUGAUCGACACCGACUUCGACUUCCAGGAUGGUCAGCGAAGGAUGAUGGCUGUUGUCACCAGAAAGAUUAUCGCCGACAUUUCUAUUUCUAGUGAGGCAUCCAAUCAGAGAGAUAGCGGCGCCGGUGUAGGGGGACCUGAGGGCACUGUCACUUUGCGAGGCAACUACCGUGUCUCGGAUGCUGCGGCCAACAACAAGGAAAUAUUUGGUGGCAUUGCUGGAAUUCACUUUCUCAUGUUUCCAAUCGAACGCUUGGACGAACAUACGUUUCGUAUUCGCCCCGGCGUCACUGUCGACGCGGAACGACGUGAGGAUUCCGCAAACCAUUCCAGCACUCGAAACGCCUACGAAAAGUGGUAUAAGAAUGGUGCGAGCGAGGACAUGGACGCCAACAGAACUCAAACCUUCAACAUGCCAAAGGACGCCACACGUAAUUCUACAUGUCCCCCCAGACCGGCCCUUGUUCUCACUGCAGAGCCUCAAAGAGAGAAUGGCACACCGUCGUCGAGGAGUGAAAACAUUCUACGUGAGCAGAUAGACGGAGGAGUCAUCUCCGCGGAGGACCUUGUGGAUGGAGACAGUGUUCUGUUGAGACCUCAUUUGAACCGCAUCCCAUACGUUGAUAUCAAUCUCAAGCCUGCGCUCAAUGAGUUCGCCACGCGUCAGGUAUCCCUAGCCCUAAAAUUUCAGAGCGAAACAGAGCAAGACAGAACUAUCUACACCUCACUUCAAAGUCGGGAUCGUUGCACUGCUCUUCGUCUUUUCCGAAGCGCAUUACGGAAGAGAUGUUAUGGAUCAACUAUAUACGCUCUAGAAUGCCUCGGGGAUUUCUACAGUUGUAGCUCUGAGGCAGCAUCGAAUGAGCCAGCAGCGAGGGCAUUCAAGUUUUGUGCAGUAGUUCUUCGGAACCCUCGGGAGAGUUAUGGUGUAUGGCUCCAAAUCCUGAUGGGAAAGGCUCGUCUGCGGUAUGAGAAUCGGCCGGAAGCUGUCAUUGCUGAAAUAGUUGCAACUCCAAGUCCCUGGUCACGGAUGCAAUUCUUUCUUCGAAAAGUGCCUAUCAAAGCGAUGUUUCAUCUCGGUCUUUUGCUGGAAGAAGGUGCCGAGGGAGUGAAGCGAGACCCAGUUCGAGCUGUAGAGCUAUACGAGCGGGCGAUCGCGGAGCGUGGUGACAUCGAAGCGAUGUUUCAUCUCGGUAAAUUGCUGCGAAAAGGUGCCGAUGGAGUAGAGCGAGACGCGGUACGAGCCAUAGAGCUGUAUGGGCGCGCUAUCGAGAAGGGUGACCACGUCGAUGCGGUGUACAAACCACGCCCCAGCCUUGGAACCCCACGCUCCCUAUCUCUGCCAUUCACCCGUGUUCCCGCAUGUGCCAUACCGCAUGCACCUUACAAAUGGGUAACACAGGGCACCCCCUUUAACCCUUCUCCAUUCCUGCCUGUCCUCCCAACCACUCUCCCCUCCUUGCGCUCCAGCAUGACGAAACAGUCGACUUCACGUCCGCAGCAACCGCGACGUCGCGCUUUUCCAGGGUUCAGAAACCGGCGUCCCGGAGAAGUUCAAUCGUCACCGCUCCCGGCACAGUCACCACUGCCCAAACCGUGCAAGACAAUUCAUGAAGAACUCGAUUGCUUGCUCUCCGCCUUCUCGCUUUUCCGCCCAAUGAUCCCCGACCAAUUCAAGCUAUUUGGCGUGCUCUAUGUCAACCCUGACCCGGACUGCCGCCAUGAGCCGCCUGAAGUUACGACCGCCAACCUUAAGCAAAUUUGCGAAGACUAUCGGGAAGAGCAUGCAGCUAAUGGUGCAACCCCCGAGAUCAUAAGAGUAGUCGAUGAGCUCCUUGGUGAUAUGGAAAGGAACGUCGAAGCAGAGCCAGUAGCCUUUCAGGUUAGUCAGGCUAGUGCUACGGAGGACUCUGUUCGUGUCGCUUUGGACGCCAGGUUGCUCGGUGUCGUUACAGCUCAGGGGAAUCGCGAAAGGACAAGCACCGCCGCACGCGACGUGUCCCUCACUGUCUCAAGCUGCGAAAAGUAUCAUGGCUUCAAGCUACGGAAGCUGCUCUGGCAGAACGCGGAAUUCUUUUUCACCAAGAUUCUCGAGAUGAUCGACACCGACUUCGACUUCCAGGAUGGUCAGCGAAGGAUGAUGGCUAUUGUCACCAAAAAGAUUAUCGCCGAUAUUUCUAUUUCUAAUGAGGCAUCCAAUCAGAGAGAUACCGGCGCCGGUGUAGGGGGACCUGAGGGCACUGUCACUUUGCAAGCCGACUACCGUGUCUCGGAUGCUGAAGCCGACGAGAAGCAAAUAUUUAGUGGUAUAGCCGGAAUUCACUUUCUCAUGUUUCCAAUCGAACGCUUGGACGAACAUACGUUUCGUAUUCGCCCCGGCGUCACUGUCGACGCGGAACGACGUGAGGAUUCUGCAAACAAUUCCAGCACUCGAAACGCCUACGAAAAGUGGUAUAAGAAUGGUGCGAGCGAGGAUAUGGACGCCAACAGAACUCAAACCUUCAACAUGCCAAAGGACGCCACACGUAAUUCUACAUGUCCCCCCAGACCGGCCCUUGUUCUCACUGCAGAGCCUCAAAGAGAGGAUGACACACCGUCGAGGAGUGAAGACAUUCUACGUGAGCAGAUAGACGGAGGAGUCAUCUCCGCGGAGGACCUUGUGGAUGGAGACAGUGUUCUGUUGAGACCUCAUUUGAACCGCAUCCCAUACGUUGAUAUCAAUCUCAAGCCUGCGCUCAAUGAGUUCGCCACGCGUCAGGUAUCCCUAGCCCUAAAAUUUCAGAGCGAAACAGAGCAAGACAGAACUAUCUACACCUCACUUCAAAGUCGGGAUCGCUGCACUGCUCUUCGUCUUUUCCGAAGCGCAUUACGGAAGAGAUGUUAUGGAUCAACUAUAUACGCUCUAGAAUGCCUCGGGGAUUUCUACAUCCCUGGUCACGGAUGCAAUUCUUUCUUCGAAAAGUGCCUAUCAAAGCGAUGUUUCAUCUCGGUCUUUUGCUGGAAGAAGGUACCGAGGGAGUGA